UCUUCUUCAACUAUGGAGCAGCUGAAACCCAGUCCUGCAAAUCUCUGCCCUCAAACUCCCCUUGACUUCUUAGACAGAGCAGCCACCGUUUACGGCGAUUGCCCCUCUAUCAUCUACAACUCUACUACCACCUUCACCUGGUCCCAAACCCACCGCCGAUGUCUCCAGCUGGCCUCCUCCAUCUCCACAUUCGUCAAAAAAUCCCAGGUUGUCUCUGUAGUAUCCCCCAACACUCCGGCCAUGUACGAACUCCACUUCGCCGUCCCCAUGUCCGGAGCCAUCCUCAACAACAUCAACACCCGCCUCGACGCCCACGCCGUCUCCGUCAUCCUCCAACACAGCGAAUCCAAGCUCGUCUUCGUCGACUUCCUCUCCCUCAGCCUCGUCCUCCAAGCUCUCUCCUUGUUCCCCUCUCAAAUCCCCACGCCACCUCUCGUCCUCAUCAACCAUCAUACUCAACAAGAUCCACCAGAAACCUCCACCGUCGAUCCAAUUCUCGACACAUACGACAACCUGGUGGCGAAAGGUGACCCGGGGUUCGUUUGGGUCCGGCCGGCGAGCGAGUGGGACCCAAUGGUGCUGAACUACACUUCAGGUACGACGUCGGCUCCGAAAGGUGUGGUUCACUGCCACAGGGCUCUGUUCGUCGUGAGCCUCACCUCUAUCAUAGACUGGUCGGUACCCACGAACUGUGUGUACCUGUGGACCCUGCCCAUGUUCCAUGCAAACGGGUGGUGCUUCCCGUGGUCGGUGGCCGCCAUGGGUGGGACCAACAUCUGCCUCCGCAAGUUCGACGGUCCUAUAAUAUACGAUCUCAUUCGAAAACAUAGCGUCACUCACAUGUGCGCUGCGCCUGUCGUGAUCAACAUGCUGGCCAACAGCCCGAGAUCCGACCCGCUUCCUAACCCGGUUUGCAUCUUAACCGGCGGAGCUCCGCCUCCUUCGAGCGUGCUGCUCCGGGCCGAGUCGCUGGGGUUUGUGGUCAGUCAUGGCUACGGGUUGACAGAGACGGCAGGGGUGGUGGUGUCGUGUGCUUGGAAGCCGCAUUGGAAUAAGUUUCCGGUGAUGGAGAAGGCGAGGUUAAAAGCCAGGCAAGGAGUAAGAACGCUGGGGAUGACGGAGGCGGAUGUGGUGGAUCCGGAAUCGGGUUUGAGUGUGAAGCGGAACGGGUCGGACUUUGGAGAGAUAGUCAUUCGAGGCAUGUGUGUCAUGUUGGGCUACUUCAAAGACCCGGAAACGACGAGUAGAACUCUUAAAAAUAACGGGUGGUUUUACACCGGCGACGUCGGGGUGAUGCAUCCAGACGGAUAUCUAGAGAUAAAAGACCGAUCAAAGGACGUGAUCAUAACCGGGGGAGAGAACUUGAGCAGCGUGGAGGUGGAGUCGGUUCUCUAUACCAACCCCGCCGUGAACGAGGCCGCUGUGGUGGCGAGGCCAGACGAGUUCUGGGGGGAGACGCCGUGCGCGUUUGUGAGCCUAAAAGCCGACGUGAGGCCCAGGCCGACGGAGAAGGAGAUAAUGGAGUAUUGUAGAGGGAAGCUGCCGAGUUUCAUGGUGCCAAAGACGGUGGUGUUUAAGGAGGAGCUUCCGAAGACGUCGACGGGGAAGAUUCAGAAGUCUGUGCUGAGAGAGAUUGCAAAACGUAUUGGAUCUACUGCGUCGUCGUCGUCGUCGAUGAGUAUUAGUCGAUUGUAAUAGAAUUAAUUAGCCAAUAAAGUAUUACAUUAAUAACCCGAAUAAUCUUUGGGGUUGGUCGAUUGGUUCGAUCCUUCGGUAUUUCAUAUGUUCGUGAAGUUAUGGCUAUGAUAAGUUCAGUCAAUAAAUAUAGAAUCAAGCUGAAACUCUGUUG